UCUUAAUAUGAUUCCUCAACUGCGCAUGAUUCGCAUACAGUGAAUUGAGAGGAGCUCCAACGUUGUUGGCAUGGAUAGACCAAUCAGCGGCCAGCCCGCCGUCAUGCGACUCCGCGGCCAGAAAAAUCCCAGCGGGAGCUGCGAACAGAAGCUCGUCUGUCGGUCCAGUUCAGUUUCCACUCGCAACUUACACAGCAACAACAUUCUCUUCUGUCCUUUCAUCAAUUAUCGCUCCUAACUUCUACAUCAUUCAAUCAAGCUACCAUGGUCGCGCCAUCUGCUACCCUGUCCGUUCUGAACCGCGCCGACGGGUCGGCUUCCUACCAGUGUCCUUCGACCGGCUCCAACAUUCUAGGCUCCGUUAACGCACCCGUCGAGCUCCCCGGUCGUCGUGACGCCCUUAAGCCCGAAGAUGCGACCAUCGAAGUCUUCGUCAAGCCGGGAACUGCCCCCGCGGGGGUUGGAGAACGCUACAUCGAGGGAGUCCUCAAGACAAUGCUGGGGCGAGUGAUCCUGGGACGCGAGAAGGGCUAUCCGCGUCGUGGGGUGGUCAUCACGCUGGCUAUCAUUGGUGGUGAGAGUGUCGGCAGAGGGGAUCCGUAUUUGGUUCUGCUCCCCGCGCUCCUCCACACUGCACUUCUGGCUCUCUUAUCAGCAUCUGUGCCUUUGUCGAUGACCUUCUCUGCCACGGUCCUGGCCGUCGACGAGUCGGGGCAGAUCCGCCGGGAACCUUCCGCGGAGUAUGCAGCAACCGCGCAGUCCGUUCACGUCCUCGCGUUCUCCUCGAAGGGCCAUCUGCUGCUGAACGAGAGCCAGGGAUCAUUUGACUUUGACACGUGGGAGAAGGUGCGCCAGCGCGCCUCGGCCAUCUGUCAUGGAACCCAACUGGUCAGCGCUGACGGCGAUGUUGCAAUGGCGGAAGAUGUCGAUGGACGGCCUCUGGAGGGAACUCUGCGGGAGACUGUCGAGGAUCAGGUCUACCGCGACUACAAUUGGAAGAUCAACGCUGCGUGAUCAUCAGGCCUACAACGUACACCGGGAAAAAUGCCGAUGCCUGUGAAUCA